UGCGUAUACGUAUGCGGACAAAGUGCCGGCCAAAUUAAGAGAGAAUGCCAGAAUGGCAUCUUAAUGCUGAAAUGAUAUUAACGAUUCCUCAACUACAAACAAACAAAAACUUUAGUGCUAAUUUUGUACCUUUUCCCACUUAAUUAUAUAUAUUUUUUAUUUGAUCGAUCCACUUAAUUAUAAUUAUGAUUUUGAAGAUUCUUGAGAUACCUUUUUGAUUAUUCCCUUCGAUAAAACUUCUUCUUCAUCAACAAUAUAUAUAUACACACACACAACGCACACCACUUCAUAUAUUAAUUAAGCUAAAUUGCUCCACAUCACCCCUUCUCCCUCUCUUUUCUCUCCUUCUUUCGCCGAAAAACAGUUCAGUACGUAUACAUGGAGGCACAAAUGAUAUUACAGUCUCAAAGAGGCAGCGCUACUAAUCUUCAUUCCUUCACUAGUUUGCGUUCGAUAACCAACCAAAAGACGAGUACGCGACGAUGUUCUUCGAUGAAAAUAAAAUCAGUACUGAAAAGACCAAGUGCUGCUACUACUGCAAGUAGCAUCAGUGUAAUACCAGACACCAUUAUUAGCAGCACAUCAUCGAGUAGUACAGUUUAUACUGAUAGCUGGUUCGAUCGUAUUGCCAUUCACUACCUAUCUCGAUGUAUCCAACUUAUUUCAGGGAUGAAGAAUGAGAGGACUGGUUAUGAAGGUUUGGUAGAGGCAGCAGCAGCACUUCAUCGAAGUUCCAAUGGAAAUAUAGAUCAUCAGCAAGGAUUGGUUCUUCAAGCUCUUAAUAAAGCCUUCCCUAAACCCAUCCAUUCUUUCGUGCGAAACUCUAUACCACAAUCGCAGUUUAAAAGAGAAUUUUUUGCAAAGUUCACAACCUUAUUUUGUGUUUGGCUUGUUGGACGCAGUGAGAUCAAGGAGUCUGAAGUGGAAGGAAGAAAAGAGAAGAAUGUAGUACACAUCAAGAAAUGCAGGUUUUUGGAAGAGAGCAAAUGUGUAGGGAUGUGCGUAAACCUAUGUAAGAUGCCAUCGCAGAAGUUCAUUAAGGACUCUUUAGGAAUGCCAGUUAACAUGGUUCCAAGUAAGCAAUCUCUUUAUUCUGGUCUCAGUAUACUUUUACGAUGAAUUACAGUAUAUGAAUUUGUUAUAUAGAUACUGUAUAAAUAAAUAAUGUCGACAAAGAAAGCCUAAACAUGGGGCUCGAGAAACAUGAGGGGUAACCGUCGUAAGCACGUAAUCAGUGGGUGAGCUAAUUUAGGUCGUUUUAAGCAUCUAAUCAAACAAAAAAGAGUACAGUUUCGAAAAUGAGGUCAUAGGUCAUAGGGCCAUCACCGGAAAAUAAUCAUUUUGGUUAAGGCACUAGUGAACAGCUUCAAAUGCAAGUAGCUAGAGAUUUCCUUGGGUGCAUGAUGAUGUUACGCAAAUUACAGGGUGGAGCUGAAAAAGUAAUGUUUAUAGCGUCAUCAAAUUCAUAAUUAUGGUCUGAUUUUGUGACCGCUAGUUGUGCUUUAAAAUGAUGAAAGUCGAAUAAGAUGAUGAUAUCACGUUGCACUGCUCUCAUGCAGCC